AUGGAGGAGAAGAAAAGAAGAGGCGUCGAGAUUCCACAUGACAUUGUGGAAGAGAUUCUGGUGAAGGUACGGGUGAAAUCGCUGGUGAGAUUCAGAGCCGUGUCGAGAGAAUGGAGAGGAACCGUAGAGUCAGAGUCUUUCGUAGAGAAACACAAGAGGUAUCAGAAAUCUCUACAAGCGAAAAUCGUCACAAUAAAGAAGAUCCACAUAGAUAGGAGAACAGUUCGCAGUAGUCUAGAGAUUCUGUCGUUCAUGGCUACCAAUGGAAUCGUAGAAACUUGUCCAUAUCGAAUCUUCAGGUGGCGUUUUACAUGUUCCGUAAUCGCCGAGCCUUGCGACGGUUUGCUUUGUAUCCACAAGAGCUGUCGUAGAAUUACGCUUGUUAAUCCUGCCACCAAUAGCCUUCGCAGACUCCCUGAUCCCACCCCUACUGUCGCUGAAGCUGGUGGGGAUAUGCCUGAUACUUUACUGCUAGGGCUCGGAAGAGAGAAUAGUACCGUGAGUCCAAGGUAUAAGGUGCUGUGUUUUUUCGAGCGUGAUACCAUGAAGGUGAGUGAAUCUACUAGGUGCAAGGUUUUUGCUCUCGACUCGAAUGCUUGGAGAUACGUAGAUCCGCCUCAUUGUCGAGUUUCCUAUCGCCAACCUCUAAUUCACUUGGAUGGAGUGCUCUAUUGCUUCGGCCUCAACAAGGCAGCUGAAACCAAGCUACUAGCUUUUGACCUUCACACGGAGACGUUUCAAAGCUUUUCACUUACUCCGGAUAUCGGGUCUAGUUGCUUAGGAAUGUGUCUUCUUAACCAUCGUCUAUGCAUCUUCAGCAGACGUUUUUAUGCUGACGACCUUUACUAUAGAAUAUGGGGUCUAGACAUAAACAAGAGAUCAUGGGAAACUAUGUAUUCCAUAGCUUUGCCUUGUUUUCCACCAGGUUUCAAAGGAGUGACAUGGAUCCAAGUUAGGUCAAGAUCACUGCUACUAUCCGUUAAGCCUAAAGUUUUUCUUGUAGCCGUUGGCAUUGGA